GCAUGUCGGGUCGCGACAGCGUGCAGAUCCCCGACGACCGGGACUUCGGGGCGUUCCGGGCGGAGUGCGAGUCGGAGCGCGGCUGGAGCCUCACCUACAGCAAGGGCGGGGUGGGGGUCUGGGUGCAGCUGCUGGAGCCCGAGCGCGCCCUCCACAAGAUCAAGUGCAGGAUGGAGUGCAGGGACGUGCCGGCAGAGACGCUGUACGACGUGCUCCAUGACAUCGAGUACCGCAAGAAGUGGGACACCAACGUCAUCGAGACCUUCGACAUCGGGAGGCUGACGGCCAACUCCGAUGUGGGCUACUACGCCUGGCGAUGUCCCAAGCCCCUGAAGAACCGGGAUGUGGUCACACUCCGCUCCUGGCUGCCCAUGGGCUCUGACUACAUCAUCAUGAACUACUCUGUCAAGCAUCCUAAGUACCCCCCCCGCAAGGACAUGGUGCGGGCAGUCUCCAUCCAGACAGGCUACCUGAUCGAGGGGACGGGUGCCAAGAGCUGCACCAUCACCUACCUGGCACAGGUGGACCCCAAAGGUUCUUUACCAAAGUGGGUGGUGAACAAAUCCUCCCAGUUCCUGGCCCCCAAGGCGAUGAAGAAGAUGUACAAGGCAUGCCUCAAGUACCCUGAGUGGAAGCAGAAGCAUGACCCUCACUUCAAGCCCUGGCUGUUCCCGGAGCAGAGCCGACUCCCAGCCCUGGCACUCUCCGAGCUCUCCCUCCAGCAUGCGGAUUCCCUGGAAAACAUUGAUGAAAGCUCCCUGGCCGAGAGCAAGGAGGACCGUGGCGAGGGCAGCGACGAGGACAGCCUGACCUGAUUCCCCUGGGAGCUCCUCUUCUUGUUCCCCUGGCUAGGACAGCCUGACAUGACCCCCUCUGGGGGCUCCUCUCCCUGUCCCCCCACUUCCAACAUGGUUUGUGUCUCUAUCUCA